AUCACCACCUAUCCUCACAGCCUCAAUCCAGGCAAAAAAAAAUCAUCAUUCCCAUCAUACCUUUGUCACCUUCUUUUUCGUUCCACCCCCAUUACCCUAAAUCACCCCCAAAUUUCUCUGCCUCUGCAGCACAGUUCAAGUUCAACCCCCCCUCUUUUAUUCCUGAUAUCAGAUCUUAUCUCACCGGUUCUAGCAGUAAAGUUUGGAUUUUUAUCUUACUUUGUUGGCAAAAGGAGGAAUCUUUAAUUAGGUAAGGCCCUGCUGUGACUUGUAAUUCUUCAAUUUUUUUUUUCUUUUUUCACAGAGGAAGGGGGCCAAGAAAGAAAGAAAGAAAAAAAAGAACCCAUCGAUCUUUCGUCUGUUUAACCCCGCCCUACCAAAGAACUAUGUCCAUGGCCAUGGUCAUAUCCCCGCAAAAUCAACCUCUCUCCGAGAGCGCAAAUGGGCACCCCUCGGUCGCGUCAAGCUCCAAGCUUUACCCUCCUGCGACGGCCCAGUACGAGGAGCUCGUGCAAAGCUCGGAGCUUUUCUGGGAAAAGCUCAAGGCUUUCCACCAGUCUUUUGGCACCAAAUUCAUGGUUCCUACGGUUGGAGGCAAGGCUCUUGAUCUGCAUCUCCUUUUUGUGGAGGUGACGUCACGCGGUGGUCUUGAAAAGGUGAUCAAAGAUCGUAAAUGGAAGGAAGUGAUUGUGGUGUUCAACUUCCCAACAACUAUAACCAGUGCAUCAUUUGUUUUACGAAAGUACUAUAUGUCCUUGCUUUAUCACUUUGAGCAGCUCUAUUACUUCCACAGACAAGCCCCUUCACUUUUGGCUGCAGAUCUUGAAAGUGGGAAUGAGGUUGAGGGGUCACUGGUCCAGAACAAUGGAGCGUCCACAAGUUUCUUGUCUAGUCAGGGAAAUCCGAAAAUGCAUCCUGGCAGUUCAAUAACUGGGUUCAUCGAUGGGAAAUUCGAUAAUGGGUACCUUGUUACGGUGAAUUUGGGUAAUCAUGAACUGAAAGGGGUCCUGUAUCAUAUCCCCCAGGUCAUGCACAUGUCUCAGAGUGCUGUUCCUUCUGAAAUUGCUACUCACCGGAAACGAAGAAGAUCACGGAUGAAAUUACGUGACCCUUUUCGCCCCAAGUCUAACAGGAGCGGUUACAAUUUCUUCUUUGCUGAGCAUUAUGCGAGGCUAAAGCCUCAGUACUAUGGCCGUGAGAGAGCCAUCAGCAAGAAGAUUGGGUAUCUGUGGAAUAACCUUACAGAGGCUGAAAAGCAGGUGUAUCAGGAGAAAGGCGUGAGGGACAAGGAGAGGUACAAGUCCGAGAUGCAGGAAUACCGGUCGUCUCAGGGUUUGAACAUCGGCAAGGUUUAGACUCCUAGGUUAGUCUAUAGCUAGGCAUAGGCAAUCCAUGUUCUAGGGAAGACCAAUUCUUGCGCUCGGUUCCUUCUUUUGGGCUCCUCGGACAUUCAUCCUUUUGGUAGCAUAUGUGGAGUAACCCCCGGCGCGCCUUUGCACAUCCAUCAUUAACGAUGCUCUUGUUUUGUCGGUGUAGACGUCGUGCAUAGGGUGUCGCCCUCGGUUUUCUGCUUUAUCGUCGGUUGAUAAGAACUGCUGGCUGAAUCUCUUUACUUUGAGCUAAGCUUGUAAUAUAGUUUGGUGAAGUUUUAGUUUUACUUAGAGCUCUGGAGCGUAUGGUGACUGUCAUUUCUUUGUCGGAACAUGAAGCUUUGUUUUUGCAGACUCUUUUUCUAUAUCCAAUUGAGACUAGAAGUUAGACGAGAUUGCAGA